CUUCUAGCCCUUCUGUUUGCUUACACGGACUCAUCGCAGCCUCGAAGGAGCUGCUAGCUAGCCACAACAAAUGACGUGAAACCUAGACAGCCCGCGCGCUCACUGGGCACUAGUUACAUAGCAGAACCACGCAUAACUUGAUUUGAUCACUGGCAAAUGCUCGGGCGGCACGAAACUGGUCGAGCGGCGGGUCAUUCCAUCGCGUAAGCGAGGCGUGGAGUUGGCGAGAGACCGCGACAGGCUCUAGCGCGACAUAAUUCCAUCCAUUGAGAGCAUCAGCUGUAUAUCACUCAUGCUGGCGUCACUACUCGGCACAUCACAGGGCACGCACCGGCGGCUCGGCAGCGCAGCUGCCGUGAGCGAGGGCGGCGGUGGCGGCGCCGAGUUUUGUCCCGCCGCCCGAAAGCCCUUGGUGACUUCGACGGUGCCGCUGCCGCCGUUCAGAUAUCUGCACCCCCACACGCGCGCGCCUGUGCGAGCAAUAUCCUGACGUGCUGCAGCAGCUGAAGAUGCGGCAGCUGCACGAGGCGUCGCCCCAUGGAGCACAGGCACUUCGUGCUGCCAUAGACCAGGCGCUCCGCACCGCGGCUGAGCUGCGGACACAGAACCAGCGGCUGCGUGCGGCCCUACAACGGAAAGCCUCGGCAGGGCAUGGGCCACCCUCGCUGCCCUCACAGCAGCGACAGCAUCAGUCCGCUGCAGGCGGCGGGACCGGCGAGGCCGUGUGUGGCUCGCCGCCACAGACGCCCACAUCUUCACGUCCACCCGGUACAGAUGCACAGCAGCAGGAGGUGUCAGGGCCCGCUGCAGGUCCAGCGGCAGGCUGCAAUAAUGCGUGGAGCCCGGCGGACCCCCGAGUCCGCAGCUGCUGGCAUGUCGCGUGCGGUGGCUGCAGCGCCUGCGGUAGAGCAGGCAGCGCCUCACCCAAAUCCACAUUCGCACCAGCAGUUGGCCACUGCGGCACCGGAGCCAUUGCAGGAAGUCCUGGCGCGCGCAGCCCCGUCACACCGCAAGGUGCACUGCAGGAGCAGUCGCUGUCGGCGGCCCGUCAGCGUCGCUUCAGCUGGCGCCGCCUGCGCUCGUGCAAGAGUGAGGCUGAAAGCGCCCUGACCAGCUACUUGGAGAUGGACAACUAGCAGCAGCAGCCCAGCAGUUGCCGCCCGAUGCCGCAACUCUAGAAUUUUGUUUGGUUAGCCCGCAUCCAGCAUCGUCAGAACGGCUGUGUUGUGCGGAUCGAUGCGGACUUGCGGAGUUGUGGAUUAUGAAACCAGAGUGGAACGAGUGGCAACGAGAGGCACAAGGUUACCAUAUUUCUGUGUUUGUAGACAAGGAUGCAACACCACCCCGCCCACAACCACACAUGAGUGCACCCCGAGCCGCACACACAUCUUAUGUGCUUGAUUGGGGGAGUCGUAUACCAGGCAUCGUGCGUUAGAGACAGGAACUUUUGGUUUGGUGGAUGGACUCUCAUGAAGCACGGGGAGCGAGCAUGUGCGUGGGCUGCUGGCUGUGCACGCGGUGAUUGGCUGGUGAACUGUGCACUCGCAGGCAGUACUUAGUAUGAAGCUGAUUGAUCUCACACCCAAGAAGUUGUAGAUACGGUAGGUGCGGCAAAUAGGUGAGGCAAUGGUCUUCGGAUUGCACACGAUACCGUAUGGAGAGGAAUUGGCAAGGACAGGAACUGCAACCACAAGCUACGGUAUGCUGUAGAGAUGCGCAUCCCUGUCUUCCCCUGAAUUGCUGGAUAACCGUACAACGGUACAAGAUGGCGUUGAGAAACACCGGAGGACAGGGGAGAGACCUGAACCAUCUGAUGCUGAGAUCACAAACAGGGACGACUCCACAUUGCUAGUGCUACCGUGAUCCACCGUGCUAGCCCCAUGCAUGCACAGUAUUCCACAGUAUUCCACACCGGCUGGCUGGGUGGCGCGAGUGCCCACCUUGCUACAGACUCAUCAAGUUCCUCACCACGUAAUCUUUGGCGCGGG